CUGCCCUCCGCGGAGGCGGCGUCUCCGCCCAGCGCCCGGGCAUAAAAGGGCCGGAGCCGCGGCGGCACCAGCAACCGAUCCCCGAGCGAGCAAGCCAGAAGUCCCGCCGCGAUGUCCGCCAUGCCCGCCGUCUGGCUCUGCCUCUGCUGCUGCCUGGCCGCCUGGCCGCUCUCGGCCACCCAGGCGCCGCCGCCAGCCAAUGGAGAUGAUCAGCCCCCACCAGGCCAGUUCCCGGUCGAGAUCUCCCAACACGACGUUCUUACUGAUGAGAUCUCACGGGAGUUCCUGUUCCAGAAGAUUCAGGAGAAUUUGGACAACGGGCAAGAGCUGCCCAUUCUGAUCCACGGGGAGCCCCAGUGGGUGCCCCUGGGGCCCAGAGGGAGACGACCCCCAUGCACGGAGGUGGGCUGCAGCCGGAGGCCCCCCUUCUACAAGCUGGAAGACUUCCCGCCAGGCCGCCCCACCCUCAGCAACCUGGGGGCCCUUUGCGCCGCGGGGCGGAGGAAGGCCAGUUACGGCCCUUGGAACCUGCCCCAGACCAGCUUCAGCCACCUCUCGCGCCAGGGGGAGGCCCUGAACCAGCUGGAACUCCAGUUCGCCCGCUGCUGCCAGCUGUCCGAGGACCAGAGGCUGCCCUGCGCCUCCAACGAGUGGGAAAAAUCCCUGGACCACUUUUGCAAGCAGGAGUAUUCCUUCAAGACCCGUCCCUUCCACUGCUGCCGUGGGGACACCCGCGAGGCCCGCCUGAGCUGCUUCGCCAGCCAAGCGCCCUUCCCCAACUACGAGGGCGAGGGGGCAUCGCUGGACCUGUCCAACGUCUCCACCGCCACCCUGGACUCCAUUUGCAGCCAAGCGUCAAGCCAGGGCAAGCAGAAGCCCAGCCCGGCUUUAGUCCAGAACAUCACAGAAUCCUGUUGCAAACUGCCAGAGAGCGAACGGAUCCUCUGCGCCCAAGGAGUGAAAUCUCAGUUCAUCUUCUUCCCCCCCCAGAAAUCUCAGUUCAUCACCGCUUUCUGCAGCUCCCAGAGGCGCUUCUGGAAGGACCCCCAGAAUUGCUGCGCCCAGGCGGAGGGGGCCGCCCGCAACGACUGCUUCGACCGUAGCUACCUGGGGCACGUCUCCCUCUUCCGCAGGCAGCAAGAGGAAGAGGAGGAGGAGGCAGAAGAAAUCGUGCUUCCCACCCAGACGGCCUCCUGAACCCUCCCUGGGGCCUGAUCCUGCCCUGCUCCAAGCCCCCCCAGCCCGUCCCUGCCCCUCUCCUUCCCUCUGGCUCGCUCCCUCCCCAAAUCCGAGGGUAGGGCCAGAAACCCCCUCUCCCCAUGGACUUUAUAAUCGAGGAGGGUCUCCCUGGAGACCCUCCUUCCACGCACUUUAUCUCCUUGACAGAAACCGCAGGCCGGUCGCAGCCAGCUGAGCUGGGGGUGGGUGGGGGAUUCUGCCGCUCCUUCUUUGCUUGGCUGCUGGAGAGCUCUUGGUGGCGUUUGUAGGCAUCAGAAGAGGGGCCCAUGCCAGUCCCGAAGGCCGGUUGGCAUCUUGCUCUGCCCUGCUGCAUUUCUGCCUGGUGACCCAUCCUCAACUCUCUGCUUGUAGCAAACGCCUCAGGAGGGAGGGAUGGCCUGGCCUCGCGCCAGAGGCAAAGCGUUCGACAAAUAAACCACUUUUUGGAAAAACAGCA